UUUACUCAGUUUUGAAGAGUUUCAGGUUUGUGUGUAUGUCGACUGUUAAACUGUCAAAGUCAGUCUUCUGAACGGAGUUUCAUUUCAAGGUGUCAGCGCAGUGUCGGCUUCUUCCUAAAAGCAAACAACCAAUUGGAAAUAAUGUAUUCCUUACUUCACAAAGAAGAAAGUGCUCACGAUGAAAGUAUUUGGUCGUGCUCCUGGGGCAGAGUAGCGGUGUCCGCAGAUGACGACCAAGACAAGGAGCUGGACGCUGAUGCCGACUAUUCCCGCGACUCGUUCGGCAACAAGAAAAAUAGCCAAGAGUACCGUGAUUUCGUGGUUACUGGUGGCCUGGACGAUCGCGUUAAAGUUUGGGAUGUAACGAAAGAGAGCAAACUAAAGUUACGGAACACCUUCACCGGGCACUCUCUGGGUGUUGUAUCUGUGGACGUCAGCAGCAAUGGGGAAGUGAUAGCGAGUAGUUCUCUCGACUCUGGACUUUGCAUCUGGAAAGCGGAUUCUGGACAAUUGUUGAACCAGAUAUCGCUCGGGCCUGUGGACUUGUGGACAGUUGCUUUCUCACCCUGUGACAAAUACAUUAUAUCUGGAUCACACGAAGGAAAAAUAUCGCUGUACAGUGUCGAGACUGGAAAGCCGGAACAAGUGCUGGAUCCGCAAAACGGAAAGUUUACGCUGAGUAUCGCCUACAGUCCAGAUGGUAAAUAUAUUGCAAGCGGAGCAAUCGAUGGAAUAAUCAACAUUUUCGACGUAGCUGCCGGAAAAGUCGCCCAGACGCUUGAGGGACAUGCCAUGUCCGUUCGUAGUCUGUGCUUUUCUCCGGAUUCUCAGAUGCUUCUCACUGCCUCCGAUGAUGGUCACAUGAAGCUUUACGACGUGGCACACUCAGAUGUUGUAGGCACUCUGUCCGGGCAUUCAUCAUGGGUUCUGUCCGUUUCAUUCUCAGGAGAUGGAAAAAGUUUUACAUCUUCAUCCAGCGACAAGUCCGUUAAAAUUUGGAAUGUAGCAGAACGCCAAUGCCUACACACGUUCGAGGAUCACCAGGACCAGGUUUGGGGCGUUAAAUACAGUCCGGACAGUUCCAAGGUUAUUUCCGUGUCAGAAGAUCGAUGCGUUAAUCUGUAUGAUUGUCCACCAAACAUAAUCUAAGCUGGGAGAAAACAAAAAUAAACGAGUUUUGCAUCUA